GGAACCGCCGCUCGCGGGGAGGGUCAAGGUGGAAGGUCCAAGGACUGAGAAAGACCCUCGAAGGCAUCCACUUCAGCUCUCCAUUCCUUUCCUAGAGACUGAUCAGGAGUUGGGCUUCAGAAGGUCCCCCCUGGAAGGUCUUCGCAGGCUCCCGCUAGAGUCAAGAAUGGACAUGUUCAACUUGGAUAUGAUCAUCAGUGACCCAGCUGCAGAAGCCAGCAGGGCUGGGAAGAAGCAGCUCAGAGGCGUUCAGAACCCCUGCCCAUCUGCCAGAGCCGGACCCCGGCAUAAGCCCCUUAACAUAAAGGACAAGAUAUCAGAAUGGGAGGGAAAGAAAGAGGUGCCCACUCCUGCACCCAGCAGGAGAGCAGACAGACAGGAGGAUUGUCUGCCGUCCUGUCUGGUGGAGAGGAGAAGUAGUGAUGGGGUGAGAACUCAGGUCACAGAGACUAAGAAUGGAAUGAAGCCAGAAACAGAGAGCACAGAGAAGGAGAGAAAUAAAGGAGCAGUGAAAGUCGGGGGACAGGACCCAGAGCCUGGGCAAGACCUGCGCCAGCCAGACCGGGAAGUGGAUUCUAGCUGGGGCCGAGGCCGAGAGCCAAGACUUGGCAAGCUACGCUUUCAGAAUGAUCACCUCUCAGUGCUGAAGCAGGUCAAGAAACUCGAGCAGGCUUUGAAGGACGGGUCGGCAGGGCUGGAUCCCCAGUUGCCAGGGACCUGUUAUUCCCCACACUGCCCACCUGACAAGGCAGAGGCGGGGCCCACCCUUCCUGAGAACCUGGUAGGCGGGAAUGGCUCAGAAGUCAGCCAGAGGGUCCACUUCUCGGACCUGGAAGGCAGGGAGCCUGCCCCCGAGGCUGUGGAGGACAGGAAAGGUUCAUGCAGAAAGCCCUGGGACCGGAGCCUUGAGAAUGUGUACAGGGGCUGGGAGGGCUCCCUCACAAAGCCCUUCAUCAACCCCCCACCAAAACCCCGGAGAACGUUCAAACAUGCUGGAGAAGGGGACAAAGAGGGGAAGCCUGGCAUCGGCUUCAGGAAAGAGAAAAGAAACCUGCCUCCUCUGCCCUCUCUACCUCCCCCACCUCUGCCCUCCUCUCCCCCACCUUCCUCUGUGAACAGAAGACUGUGGACUGGGAGACAGAAAUCCAGUGCAGACCACAGAAAGUCCUAUGAGUUUGAAGACUUACUGCAGUCUUCCUCCGAGAGCAGUAGGGUGGACUGGUAUGCGCAGACUAAGCUGGGGCUGACACGCACUUUAUCAGAGGAGAACGUCUAUGAAGACAUUCUAGAUCCGCCAAUGAAGGAGAACCCUUAUGAGGACAUCGAGUUACAUGGUCGCUGCCUGGGGAAGAAGUGUGUCUUGAACUUUCCUGCUUCUCCCACCUCUUCCAUCCCUGACACAACCACCAAGCAGUCAUUGUCCAAAUCUGCUUUUUUCCGACAAAAUUCAGAGAGGAGGAACUUCAAGCUGCUGGACACUAGGAAGCUGAGUCGGGAUGGAACCGGGUCCCCUUCCAAAAUCAGUCCCCCCUCCACUCCCAGCAGCCCUGAUGACACUUUCUUUAACCUUGGAGACCCCCAGAACGGCAGGAAGAAGAGAAAGAUACCUAAGCUGGUGUUGCGAAUCAACGCCAUUUAUGAGGCCCGGAGAGGAAAGAAACGGGUGAAGAGGCUGUCCCAGUCAAUGGAGAGCAACUCAGGAAAAGUGACAGAUGAGAACAGUGAGUCUGACAGUGACACAGAGGAGAAGCUGAAAGCUCACAGCCAGCGCCUGGUCAAUGUGAAGUCCCGCUUGAAGCAGGCACCUCGGUACCCAUCACUUGCCCGGGAGCUCAUCGAGUACCAGGAGAGGCAGCUCUUCGAGUACUUUGUGGUUGUGUCUUUGCACAAGAAGCAGGCUGGGGCUGCCUACGUGCCAGAACUCACCCAACAGUUCCCUCUGAAGUUGGAAAGGUCUUUCAAGUUCAUGAGAGAGGCUGAGGACCAAUUGAAAGCCAUUCCCCAGUUCUGUUUCCCCGAUGCCAAGGAUUGGGUUCCUGUCCAGCAGUUCACCAGGUAUGAACUGGCAUUUCCCCUUCCCAACCCCAAAGACUAAGGAGGGACUUAGAGAUGGGGUUACAGGUGUUACAUUUUGCCUGGAGGCAAAGGCAAGCGCCUUCCUGAAGUUUACUGCAUCGUCAGCCGCCUGGGAUGCUUCAGCCUCUUUUCAAAGAUCUUAGAUGAGGUGGAGAAAAGACGAGGAAUCUCUCCUGCCCUGGUUCAGCCACUCAUGAGAAGUGUCAUGGAAGCCCCUUUCCCAGCCCUGGGCAAAACCAUCCUUGUCAAGAACUUCCUGCCAGGUUCAGGAACUGAGGUGAUUGAACUGUGCCGCCCGCUGGACUCCCGGCUCGAGCACGUGGACUUUGAGUCUCUCUUCUCCUCUCUCAGCGUCCGCCACCUGGUCUGUGUCUUUGCCUCACUGCUUCUGGAGAGGAGGGUCAUCUUCAUUGCAGACAAGCUCAGCACCCUGUCCAAAUGCUGCCACGCGAUGGUGGCGCUGAUCUACCCCUUCACCUGGCAGCACACCUACAUCCCGGUGCUGCCGCCCGCCAUGGUGGACAUCGUGUGCUCGCCGACACCCUUCCUCAUCGGGCUGCUCUCCAGCUCACUGCCGCUGCUCAGGGAGCUGCCGCUAGAAGAGCCUGCGGCCUGGACACAGCCACCAUCCACAAGCCCACCUGCUGCUUUUGCUUUCCAGAUGGAUGAUGAGGACUCCAUCCUGCCCCGGAAGCUUCAGGUGGCCCUGGAACGCAUUCUGGAACAGAGGAACGAGCUGGCCUGUGAGCAGGAUGAAGGGCCCCUGGAAGGCAGGCACGGUCCAGAGUCCAGCCCCUUGAAUGAGGUAGUGUCUGAAGCCUUUGUCCGCUUCUUCGUGGAGAUUGUGGGACACUACUCCUUGUUCCUGACAUUGGGCGAGCGCGAGGAGAGAACCCUGCAGCGGGAUGCCUUCCGCAAAGCUGUCUCCUCCAAGAGUCUCCGCCGCUUCCUAGAGGUCUUCAUGGAGACUCAGAUGUUCCGAGGCUUCAUCCAGGAGCGGGAGCUGCGCCGGCAGGAUGCCAAAGGUCUGUUUGAGGUCCGAGCCCAAGAGUAUCUGGAAACCCUCCCCAGUGGCGAGCACAGCGGCGUCAAUAAGUUCCUGAAGGGACUAGGCAAUAAAAUGAAAUUUCUCCACAAGAAAUAACUCUCAGCUCAACCUCAAGGGAAAACUUCCUCCUUGUGCGGCCACAUGCUUUAAAAACAGUUCCUGGUGGCCUUCCUGCAAGGCUGGGUCCCAGGUUGUCUCGGUGCCGAGCUGGAGGCCAUGGUGGCUUCCGGCCGAGAAUGGGCUCUCCCCCAGGAUGAGGGCCUGGGAGCCGCCGGGAGGACAGCCCUGGAAAGGGAGCCUGAGACCAGGCGUGUCGCUGACAUGCAAAUGGAUUGUUUCGGUGGUUGGGUUUUUUUAUCUUAGAUAUUAAAAGUAAGGAAAACGUG